UCCCCCGGCCCGGAGCGGCCCCGGGAGCCGCCAUCGCCACAUCGCCGCGACACGCCGGAAGUGCCGCAAGGGCGCCGCCAUUGGCCCGUCCCCAAUCAAACGCGCCGCCCGUGGUCCGGGCGGGAAGCGCGGCGGGAACAUUAGUUCCGGAGGGAAACGCGGCGCAACCUAUUCCCACCCCCGUACCGGGCGGGGGUCGCCGGCGGGGGACACCCCCGAGGGUCCCGAAGGAGGUGCUGGAAAUGGCCUGGAUGUCCUCCCAGCCUUUGUGCUGGGCUGGUGUACUGGGUUUACGGAGACAGGUUUCAUAUUCCUCCCAGCAGCGGCCACCGCGCUGAGUUUGGAUUCGGGAUGGGCGACCUGGGGCCGUGACGUCACAAAAGCGGACAUGUGCCACCACUCCUGGCUCCCAGUGCGGCCACGAUGGGACAUGGAUGAAGCCAUGAGUUUCCUGCUCCCCCUGCUUGUCCUGCUGGUGGCCAGUACAGCCGUCCUGCUGGCCACCUGCAUUUGGAAGGAACGGAAGCGCCUUAGAGGCCGGGCCAGAGGGUCCCGGCGCAGCCGAGCUACUCCAGAGGCUCCCGGUUCCCCCCCGGCUGAGGAGACCCCUCCCCACGGCCCGGCUGCUCCCGGGAGCCCCCUGUACAUCCCCUGCGGCUGCGGCCCCGGCUGUGCCCCCUGUGCGACAGCGGCCCGGGAGCUGCAGGACCUGGUGACGCCGCUGUGGCCCGGAGUGUCCUUCCCGCAGGACUCAGAGAUGUGGCAGCUGUUGUGGGAGGACCUGGGGCAGCUGCUGGAGCGAGGCCACCUGCCCUGCUGCGCCUGCUCCUCCUGCUCCUGCUCUUUCGGCUCCUCUGGGAGCCUCCAUCCUUCCCGGAGCCUCAGUGGCUGCUGCCAGACUCCGGAUGGGGAAGACCCCGUGGACAGAUCUUGCUGCUCCCUUGGAGCUGCGGGCAUGAGGAGAAAUCUGUCAUCCUUGAGGAUGCACGUGGCCAAGAAGAACCUAGAAGUAAAGCUGAGAGCCCAGCCCGUUUCAGUGAGGCGUUCCCAGGAGCAACUGGUGCAGCGGGAAACGUCACUUUAUUCCUCGGAGAGCCUCCCAUGCUCCUCGAGCCUCAGCGGGAGCUGCCAGACUGUGGACAGUGGAGAAGAUGCCACGGACAGCUCUCCAUGUUCCCCGGAAUCCGCGGAUAUCAGCGGAACCCGCUCAAUCCUGAGGAUGCACGUGGCCAAGAAGAGCCUGGAAGUCAAACUGGGAGCCCAGCCUGCUCCAGUGAGGAGUUCCCAGCAGCGAGUGGCACAGCAGGAAGUGUCCUGGAGCCGCAGGCGGCCAAUCCACAGCUCCCACAGCACCGCAGUGCAGCCAGAUAGGAACACCCGCUGCUCGGAGUCCAAGAUCCUCCAGAGGCAAAGGGAGCUGGAAUUCCCCCAUCUCCAGGGAGCUCCUCCAAGCCAGAUGAGGCUCCUAUUGGCCGCUCAGAUACUUCUGAGGAUGCUCUGUUUUAAAUAAAUCAGCAUUUCCCCAAAGAACCGCGUUUGGGCUGAGAUAGGGCUCCUUUCUUCUCAACAGCCGAGUUUGGAUUCAGGAUGGGAAUACUGUGGAUCACGCAUGGGUGCUUUGGUUGCCCUCCUCAGGGACUUUCCAGUGUCCCAUGGGACAAUCCUUGUUUUCUGCUGGGAAAGGUGGGAUGAGUGUCCAGGGUCAAAUCCCUGGGAGACCCUGGAAAGGAGCCCCAGGUGGGUGCAAGUGGUGAGCCCGCCCCACCCAGCUUCCCACUGUGAGACCCGUGGACAGCACCCUUCUCCCAGUGCCAAAGCCAUUGUUGGGGGAGGUCCUCUCUCUUUUUCCAUCCCUAUCCCGAUGGAGGCUCCCAGGAGAAGGUGCUUUGUGUUGUUCCUUGCAGCCCCAGCCUCUGCACAGGAGGUGCUCUGGGUGAGGGGGUGUUUGGGGGAUCUGGCUGCCCUCCCUGGGGAAAGGGACGGGGCGGUGACCCCUUGGUGGGUCCCCUGGG